AUAAGAUAAAAUGGCGCUGCCCUGUUAUGUUAGUUGUCGUCAAUACAGUCAAUUGCUAAAAAGGCCGCUGCAAACCUUGGGGUAAAAAUUAAUGAAUUAAUAUUUUUCAUGUCGAGUAAAAUUUAGUAGUAAUCUAUUUAUUAAGAAUUAAUGGCUGUUUCAGAUUUAGCGGCCCACGUCGACUUUGUUAAGGUUAGGCAUUGGCAUAGGGAUCGAUUUAAUUUAGGGUUCAGGUUAGGCUUAGGCAUAGGCUUAGGGAUAGAUUUAGGGUUCGGGUUACGGUUAGGCAUGCGGCAUAGGGAUAGAUUUAUUAGGGUUAGGCAUAGGGAUCGAUUUAGGUUUCAGGUUAGGCAUAGGGAUCUAUUUAAGACGUAAAAGUGCGCGCAUGGAAAUAGACGCAGGCCGCUUUCUCUGAAUUAAUAAUUACUAAAAAAUUUUAUUUCUUAGAAUAAUUAAAAUGAAAGAAUCUAAGUUAAGUGCCAAGUAAUGAGUAUUAUUAAAGUAUUUAAAGUUAAUUAAUUAAAUUAAAUUUAGUGUAAGUAUAAUUAUUAUUACUACUAACUGAUACUGAUAAAAAGAAUUGGUCACUAUUGCCUAUUGUUUAAAUUACUAUCAGUAUUAUUCACAAAUCAAUAUCAGUUAAAAUUUUAAAUUGCUGCACUGAUGAGUUAUCAGUAACUUAUCAACUCAAUCAUUGAUUCAUGGUAUGCAGUCCAUUUGCGUAGAUUAUUUCUUAACGCAUUUUGUAUUUUCCCAUGUAAACUUACGUGUAUUCUUUAUAAAUUAAAUACAGAAAGUUUUAGUUAACUAAUACUGAAUUAUACAGCGCUUUUUUUCUUUUUAUUUGAUUUCUAAGGCGUCUUUAAAUAUCCCCCAACCAAAGUUACAUAGCCCUUCCUAUUUGUUUUUGUUCUUUUUACAACCUCUGGCCAGAUUUUUAAUCACCUGUAAGUUAGUAUGCUAAACGAACUUUUCAAACUGUAGGCAUGUUAACAAAAAAAGAAUGAAAAACUGGAUUUUUCAUUACGCACAAGCACCCCAACCCCCCCCCCCCCCCCUUCUUUUUUUUUCAUCUCAGAUGGCUCGGAAUAUACGGGUUGUCCCUUGAAGUCCAGGGGGGGGGUGAUUAGAAGGGGAAAACCGACUAAGGUAGUGGACUCACACAUCAUCAUUGUCUUGGAGUGGAGCUGGGAGGGGGGGUUUCCCAUGAAUUUGUGCUGUGUGAUCACGUGUCCACUUUUAAAAAAAUAUUUUUGACGUUGCAGAAAUGGGUGAAAUCAAAAUGAUAGUGUGGAGUCAUGAUAGUCAGCUCAUACUGAUGGCUGCAAAUACGUUGUCCUUGAUUGGUCAGCUCUAAUUUGAGCACACCUCCCCUUUUUCAUAUGUCAAUGAGCUUAUGUUUACUGAUUUGCGCUGAGUAAAAUGAGGGUGAGGGCUAGUGAUUAUAUAAAUAAGACGGACUCGUCUUGCGGUACUGCUGGUUGUGGGAUCAUUUUGUUUUAAAAUGGCAGGACGACCAAGGAACAAUAAUUCAAAUUGUUGAUCCAACGGAAAUUUUAAAGGAUGCAACAAUUGGUUUGUGAGGCGAAUAAAUAAUGUUAAUACAACUAUGGAAUUUCUCGCAAGGCGCUCCCUGUGAAGAACAAAAUGGAAUGUAUCAAUUGCGAUGUGGCUUGUAAACUGGCUACGUAUGUCAAGUAUGAGAGUUCCCUAUAACUCUGGUUAUAUUUGAUAGCAAAGUUAUAAAAUAAAUACAAGAAGAUACAUCUAAUUGGGCAACUUUUAUAAUGUAUCUUUAAAGACAGAAGAGUUAUCCGUGAUCUUCCACAAUGGCUCCAUAAAAGACAAAAGAUCCAUUAAAAUUUCCUUUUUUAUAUAUCCUAAAAUUUGUUAAAAUGUAUUCUUACUAAAAGAUGGCAUUUUACUUUAUUAAAUACUUUUAUGAAAAAUUCACAUAAUUUUACACUCAAAAAUAGGUAAUUCGACCAGAAAUAGUAUAAGUUUCUGAACUGCACUUAUUCAUCUAUGACUUAGUCUUAGUAGUAUUUCUAGUUGUAGGCACUUCUGUAACGCUUGGAAAAGCCCAAAAUCGAGUCAUGAAAUUUCAUUGUCAAAAUGGCAAUCUCCACUUUUCUAUUCCCCCAUGCAGACAUAUUUUCACAUUCAUUUUUAAAUUAUGUAUAAAACUAUUUUACAACUGCCAAAAAUAAAAAGCCCAUACACAUACUGCCAUUGCCCACAUGCCAACAAUACAUUUUAAGGUAAAAAAAAUAGGGUUACUGAUCAGACAAAAUUUUUUUUUUAAAACUGUAGGCUAAUAGUUAUGGAAAAAACAAUGUAAAUUUAGUUAAUUACGCCAUUAUAACAUUCAAAAUUGUGAGUGUAGAGCAUGUGUAAAUGGUCAAAAACGAUGUCAUUGAAUUAAAAGGUUACCAUUUUAGACUACGUAAAUUGUCAUCAUUGUGUCAUGUUUGUCACCACAUUACCUAUCAUUGAUAGCAUCCAUGGGAGAAUAAUAAAUUAAUUUCAUUGUUAAUCCAGUAUAUAAAUGGGAAGGAUAAAUAAUAAUUAAUUGUUUUAAAUCAAAUUAAUUUAUUAACAAAAAUUUCACAAAGCACCUAAUAACAAGACUAUUGUUUGUCACUGUGACUGAUCUAUCACUCAGUAUCGUAACAAUAAUCAAUUUCAUCAGUGGAAGAUUAUCUAUCAAUCAAAAUCAACCAACAUUACAAACCAUAUGAUUGAACAUGAUAUGGAAUCUCAUUUUUUAGUGAGGUUAAUUAAAGGCACGCUAAUAACCAGUGCAUGUUAUUUCAUUUGUAUUGAACUUUACAUGAAAGUCAAACAUUUCCCUAGAAUAAGGCUUCUUCACCUGGGGGGUGCUAGGAUUUCGGUGAAGACCAAGAAAAUGCAUUUGCUGUCAUUGCUAGUUUUUGCUGCCUAUUUUUUUUAGAAAAUCUAGUUUCUUUGCAUUUUUAUUAGCAGCACUAGUAAAUGUUUUUUGUGUUUCAUUUUUUUUUUUUUUCAUAUUAUGUGUAGGCUACAAGUGCAUUUUUUUUCUCAAAAAUUAAUUAAGGAAUUGAAAUUGAGAGGGGUGUAGUGCUGAAAAAAGGGUUAUUGACCCCUUCCCUAGAUCAUUUUCAUCAGUCAACCAUUUUUUGUUCCAUCCCACUUCACAUAUGGCUAUGGUACUGGGAUAACCCUCUAAUUCUUUGACUCUUAUCUCCACACUUCAAAAUGUCACUCUCCUCCUCCAUAAAAUCCUGUAACUUUAUCAGAGACCAUGUUUGUACCUCAUAUAACUGCGUACCAGUUCUGCAGGGUACUGAUUCACUUGGAAAUAACUACGGUUAUCGUUGUUUAAAACAUGAAAACAAUUAAUCAAAUAAAGCUUGACAACCAUCAAACAUUCACAGACAUCAAAAUGCACAGAGUGAAAAUUUAAUAAUUGGCCUAAAAUUGGUGUAUGAAUAUAAAUAAUGGUAAAAAUUGCUGUACUGUAAUUCAGAGAAAGUUUUUUUCAAUUUUCUAAAUUAUUAACAUUUUAACAUGUUUAAAGUUUUUAUACCCCCCUUUCCCCCAAAUCGAGUCAAAAGUGUGUCCCCCCACCCCCCUAUGUGGACAUCACUUAUGGGUGGUCCCUUUGCCACUUUGUAUGCCUAUGCGAAGCCCAAAGAAGUAUAUUUAACUUACUAUCAUUAUCAUAGGGUUAUGUAAGAGCAUUGUGCCGAUUAGGGGUAUUAAUUUAUUUUAUUUGUGUAGCAAACUGGUAAUAGAAAUAUAGUAGAAAUUGGCUCUGGCAGGUGAGGUUGAUAAAUUUUAUAAGAUAAUAAGUACCGGUAGCAUAUGUAAUCUAAUUUCAGAACUGUCAAAGCAACUAUGAUUUUGACACCACAUUUUGGUACCAGCACUUGUCCUAUGCAGUGUGCAGUAGUUACUUAACAUGUGCUGUUGAACCUAAUUUAUUAAAUUAUUCCUAGGGACCAGACUGCAGCAAGGCAAUUUGCACUAACACUAACUUGUUUGCAGCAAGCAACCUUGUAUUUCACAUUUUCUCAGGACAUAGUUUUAUUUUUUUAAAUGGCUCCUCACUCUCAAAAAGGUUGCUAAGCCCUGAUCUAUUUAAAAGUUUUUAGGAGCUAUGUUUGCAACCAAACAAUCUGUAUUUGUCUGACUACAUCAGAUGUUAAUGACAAGCUUGAUGUUUGAAUAAUUAUUGAAAAGAUGUGUGGGAUUAUGAAAUGCAAUGUGAUUUUGUACUAAAAAAAUCUAGGAAGAUUUAUUAAAAUCUUUCAUUUGGGAUAUUGAAUCUUCAUAAAUAGCUGUAAAUCAAUUAUUUAAUGCUUCACAGGAGCCUGAAACAUGGAAUACAUAAUCCUUUCAGCCAAAGGAUCAGAUGUGCUCCAGUUCAAAAGUUUACAUUUACACAAGUUCAGACGCUGCAUUCAAGAUUUUCGAGAUUCCAGUUAUUCUUUAAAAGAGGCUUUAAAACUAGAAGUGCAGUGGAGGAUAUCAAAGGGUCCAGUCUUGAGCCAGACACACCAUCUUUGCUAAAGCCCUUUCUGUUCACAGUAGGGGUAUGUUGUUUGGCCUUAACAUCAUCAGAGCAUGUCUUCUCCAUGUCAUUUCGCUUAUUUGCAUUCACACAAUACUAAAACACUUUGAUUCAGAGUGAAGAGCUUUGAUUCAGAGUCAAGAGAGCGUGUCAGAUUUUAGUCUUGGUGUAAAAAAUUAUUUUAGUUUUGUAAAAUAAUAUCUACUAUCUCAAUGGUUUUUUUUUUAUUAAGUUCAAUUCACUCCCACUUUUAAUGUUUUGGCUUUUUCUAAAGAAAAUAAAACACUGUUUUAAAUUCCAGGAGCAUGAAAAAUUUGGGCGUUAAAAAAAAGCGAGUGUUAAGUGUUUUGUGAUUGCAUGUUGGUUCGGAGAGUAUUUGGGGAGCUGUUGCUAUAUGCUUUGUAUUUUGUGACGUAUUUUGUUUAAAGGGAAAUGAAGUGGUUAAUGUUGUUAUGAUGUAGAAUGAUAGCAGUGCUGACUGUUAGAUUUUAUUUAUGAGUUGUAUUAUAUUUAAUAAAGAGACGUUUGAUCUAUGAAUCAAUGGUUUGCUGAGUAAUUGUAACCCUAGACGAUGAAGCUAUUGAACUUAGUAAUAGGGGGGGGGGGGGGGGGGGGGGGGGGAUUUUUUAGAAAGAGAGGAUUUGAUUAUCACCUCUGAUGCUUAAAAAAGAUAUUUUCAUAGAUUGUGGUAGACUAUUCUGAUAAUUUUCACUUUAAUAUAAGUCAAAACUUAAGGAAUUUAAAAGUUUUUUGUUGACAAUGCAGUAUUUCAAGAUCACAAAUAUUUGUCUUUAUUCCAGGUGUGUGGCUUUAGUUUUGCUGGUGGCAUGAUAUGGAACUAUGAAAAGAUGCGGCACUUAUUCCAGAAAUUACAACAUGGUAGCAAGAAGGAAUCUGUGUUUGAGAAGAAGCAUCAAAAAGCUUUCGGGUUUAGAGAUCAUGUAAAUUUUUGUGCCAGAAUAAUUAUUACUUACUACAGAAAAUAAAAUUUUUUAAAACUUCACCUAACAUGCAUCUUAUUGUUUGUUAUCGCUGUAAAAUUUUAAUUUGAUAGAAAUAAUCAAUUUAUUACCCUGUACAACAAAUUCACUCUACUUUUGACAAUUUGUAUGUGUUUUUAUAGAUAUGUCUAUUUUUGUUGAAGAUUUAUCCCUGUCUUAUCUUAAAACGUGUUCUUGAGGCAACCCGUCAAUUAAUAGUUAGGUAUUAAUUCAAAAUACCAAUACUGUACUUUUAUUUAUUGAAAAUUCUUAAAACUGUGUCAUCAAAGUCAAAGCAAAUUCAUUCAUAUUUGCUUUGAUGACACAGAUUUAAGAAUUAAUUUUUUUAAUAUGAUGAAUGCAAAGCUUACAGUGUCUAUAGAAGAAAACAAAUUGUUUCUUUCUUAGGCUAAUUCCAUGUGGGAAAAAUUGAGCAGUGGUCAGAAGAUGAUUAUAGGUAUUAUGGCAGCCAAUCUCAGUGUCUUUUUGUUGUGGCGCAUCCGAUCUAUACAGCCUACCAUGAUUAGAUACUUUACUACAUCUAUUAGUAGGUACUCUGAUUUUUUUUUUAAUGUGAAAUUUCUAUGCGUGUAAAAGUUUGCAACCAAUAAAUCUUAUAAAAUAAUUAUAAUCAUAUUAGGGUAAAUGCUUUAAUUAAUGAUGGUGCACAUCAUUUUAUUUCAUUGGUAAGUCAUCUUAUUCAAAUUAACAGGUCUUCUUAGGGUUUUUCAAAUAGUAUAGGCCCAAAUCAACUCUCACUUACUUGUGACAUGUAGUAGUUUAAGAAAGAAGAAAAAGUGCUCUUAAAAUUGUGCUUGUUUUAUUUGAUAAUGCAAAUUUGUUAUUUAAAAAUAUUUAAGGAACUAAUUAUUCAAACACAAACAGGAUUUGAAUGUUUGUUUUCACAUAGAAUUUAAUUUAUUUUCUAAUAUUAUUGCAGGUCAUCCACUGCCAUCCAUGUUGCUGAGCUCUUUCAGUCACAUCAGUUUCUUUCAUCUGUUUGUAAAUAUGUAUGUGCUGUGGUCAUUUGCCACAGUGACUGUAAACUUGUUGGGGUUUGAACAGUUUGCCGCAUUCUACCUAAGUGCAGGUAAUAUUUCAUCUGUUUGUGAUAUGUACUUGCUGUUGCUAUUUUCAACGCGACCUUCAAAUUUUUGGGAUUUGAGCAGUUUUCUGCAUUCUGCCUAAGUGCAGGAAAUAUUUCAUGCAACAGAUGAGCUUAAGCUUUAUUUAACAAGCUUGAUAAUGUUGAGUUCUAAAAGCCAUUUAUAAUAAAGUUUGAAAUAUGGGAGAACAAAAAGUCAUUCCGCUGGCAGUGUAAUAUACAAAUAGAUAAUUGGUAUAUAAUAUAAAUUAUAAAAUGUAAUGCAAUAAAUGAGGCUAAUAAUGACUCUGGUUAUUUGUUACAAGAACUAGGGAGUUCAAUGAAUAAAGUGUUGACAAUACUUACAAGUUAAACUUGCAGAUUUACCAUUUUAUAAAUAGUGUUUGUUUAACUGCUAUUGAUGUAAAGCUUAAAAGAUAAGAAGUUUUAUGUAAUGUACACAGCACUUUCAAGACAUGUUAAAAAUAUGUUGUUGGUUUUUUUUUAAAUUUAUAUUCUGACAGAAAAGACAAUUUAUAUCAAAAGUUAUAAAAAGUAAUUAUAUAUAAUUUUCUGUUCCGUAUUUCAGGAACUAUUUCAUCAUUUGCUAGCAUGGCUUGCAGCAAGUUGUUAAAGAGACCCUCUGCUGUGUCUGUUGGUGCCGUAAGUCUCAUAAUAACAACUAAAAAAGCCACAACAAUGGUUUGAAAACUUAUCAGCUGUUACCAGUACCGUACCAAAAAUCAUUAACAAUCCCUGGCAAUGUGCAUUACAAAAAUAUAUUUAUAAUAUUAAACACUGUUUAUUCAUAUGCCGACACCAUGCGCCCGCAGCCCCCACAUUUAGGUCUAGGAAAAGCCUGAAAAUUGAUUAACCUUCUCAUUGGACAACAUCAGAAAAUAAAAUGCCAGAAGCAAUACUAUACAAAAGCAUGUCUAGGAUUCGAUGAUAAUUGUAUUAGAUUUUUUAUUAUCUGAUUUUCAUUACCUGGUCAAAUAGUGUCGCCAUCUACUUCCAGUAUCUUUGUUUUAUUAAUACUGGCAUUUAAUGCUUCAAAUCUUGUAGAGCAUACACCAAACUAGAAACUCUGCGAUGUACAAUAACAAGUUCCCUAUUCAAAAUUAUAAAUAUCUCGUAUGACCUGAUUACAAGCCAACCACACCACCUAUUCCCUUGAAAAAUUUUUUGGUCAACUGGAUGGGUGUUCACUGAUUCCAAAAAUCACUCCUAGGGCAAAUGCCAUAUAAUUAUGAUUGGCUAUUUUUAUUUUUGUUGGUAGAUCUACUGAAAAUCGUGUUCUACUUCUAAUUGUUAUAGGUAAUAUUUUGUUGAAGCUUAUUGGUGAAUGGAAAUCAACGCUUGCACUACUUGUGUGAUUCUGAAGUAUGUCAGCCAUAUGUUAUGGUUAUUUUGAAAUAUAGCCUAUACAUUCUGAUUUUUUUUUUCUCCCUAGUCAGGAGCAAUCAUGGGAUUAAUUGGCGCUGUAUGUGUGACAUAUCCAAAUGCACAACUAGGUGUGGCUUUCAUUAGUGAGAUCUUUCCACAUUCUUUCUCAGCAGAUUCAGUAAGUCAUUCAAAGAGCUUAUACUUAUAUGGGUACCUGUUACUAUUAUAAAUUUUAUUAUGAAGUGCCUUUUUUAAUACUGGGAAAUGGCUGCUUUAAGUUUAAGCCAGUUUAGUAAUGGAAGGCAUGUAAAAAUAUUAAUAAUGUUAGUUUCAUUACUUAUUAGUAUUAGUUUCUUAAAAAUUUUAGAUAAAUUAAUAUUAUUGUUACGGUAUAUAAGAAGAAAUCACUUUAAAUUUAAACCCCUUUAUAUUAAGUUCAUUUGUAUAGUUUACUAUAAGGCUUUCUUUACCGUACUAUAAUAUAUAAAUAUCUUUAUUUUUACCAGUUUAUAAUAAAUGUACCAGUCAGUAUAUAAACUUUUGGUUAGGUUUGGAUAUAAAAUUCAAAUGGAUUUAUCUUGGGUUCACCGAAUGAAAUUCAGGACAUGGGGGUCUUUUUAUUCUAUUGAAAUUCACGAGUCCUCCAAAUGAACUCUAUGUAAAUAUAUUAUGCUACCGGCUUUUUUUUAAUCAGAUGCCAAAAAACAGAUGUCAUGAUGUCAACCAAUUAUUUAUCUGAAAAAAUACAUUUAAUAGCAGUUCAAGCUUCACAGAAAGUUUUAAUUGUUCUGUUGCCACCUUAACUAAACUAAUGUUUCUUUGUUGAAUUUGUCACAAUUUGUGUAGAUUUUUAUUUCUAUAUUGUAUACUGGUACUUAAAUAACUUAGUUACUAUCCCAUACCUACUUAAUAUUUGUUUUCUCCAGGGUUUGAAGGCCAUUGUAGCAUUCGAUGUUUUAGGACUUGUGAUGGGCUGGAGGUUCCUCGACCAUGCUGGACAUUUAGGGGGAGUUCUUUUUGGCAUGUAAGUGAAUGUUUGUUCAGUUUGAUCGAGUCGUCUCUCUGUAAUAUUCUAAUAUUAUGGGAAUGAAGCUAGGGCUAGGAGCCAAAAGUAGCAACUGCCUGAUCAUCAGGUUGGUUGACCAAAAAAUAUAUUGUUUUUAUUUAAAUCUACAUCUCAGUGAAUUGUAUUUCCAAUUAUUAACACAAAUAAAGAAGAGCAUACUGGGUACUGUACUAUUUAAGACAAUUUUGAACUCAUCCUUUUGCUUUUUUUUAAAACACUUACCAUUCACCUUUUGUUGAGCUGUACCAUCAAAUUUAUUGGAGAUUUCUCAAUUUUUAUUCCCCCCCUCAGUUUGUAUACAAAAUAUGGCAAUCAACUGAUUUGGGCCAGGCGAGAGACGAUCAUGAAAUGGUGGCACGACCUCAGGGGUAAACCAUAGGAAGGGGAAUCUCAGUACAGUGACAGUGGCAAUAUUAGGAUUGUGGUUGCCAUGUGUGGAAGUGGAAGCAGAAAUUUAAAAUUCUAAAUUAUUUUUGAGUGCAGAGUGUGCCUGAAAAAUAAAUUCAAAUUGGAUGGAUUCCAUUUUUUAAAUUUUAAUUAUUUAUCUGCGAACAUGAGGUUUUUUUUUCUGAAUGUAGCUUCUACCGGUAUUGAAGUUGAAGAGAGUUAGUUAAAGUUAAAUGAAAACUUUAUUUGGCCUCAACAUAACUAAUGGUUAUGCCAUUGAAACUAUACAAUUACCCAGUACCGUACUGGCAUUGACAUGUAUCAGAAUAUAUAAAUAUUAUAAAUAACAUUCAAAUGAAAUGUUUUAAUUUUUCUAUCAAACCCAAAUUUUCACAAGAUAUUUUUUGGCAAAUCAAAAGUCACAACAUUGAAAUAGUAAUAUACCUGUAGUCUUAAUUAAAAUAUAGUUACGCUGAUUUAAUUAUUAAUAAUUAAUGUUCAUAUUUAUUAAGUUUAAUCAAUCGCAGACAUCUUAAUAUAAAUAGGACUGUCUGUUAAUUUGCUGUGGGGGGGGCUAAACUAGCCAUAUACCAUAUAUAAGAAUGAGCUAGGCUGAACAUAACGCCAAAGAGACGAAGGGAUUUAAAUACGUUCGGAUUCUUAAAACAGUGUUUAAAAUUUUUCUAUUAUUUUACGGAAAUCUAAUAAAUUUAAAUGCGCAAAAAAUAAAAUUUAUCUGCUUUAAUUUUGGUUAACUUUAAAGUAUUAUUAUUAUUAUAAAUUACAAAUACGUUUAAAAUAACAAUAAAUGAACUAUUUUGAGCAUUUUAUCCGAGUUUGAAAGUUAUGAAAAAUAAGGAAAUAUGGUCAGUACUUUUUUACUUAUUACAAUUACAGUUGUGGAAAAGAGAUGUUACAUUCUCUGGUAAUUUUUAAAAAUAAACAUAUUAUUAAGAAAAUCAAUGGCGUUAACAAAACGUGGGUAAAUUUACAUAACUAUACCGGUACCCAUGAUCAUGAAUAUCAAAACCCAAUCAUUUUACACAAGUGAUACCUUAAUUUAGAAAAAUGGAGAUGGGUUAAGAUUUUUUUUCAAAAUAUGAAAAUAUAUUUUUGUUAAGAGAUUCUUCUUUAGAUAAAAUAUUUAUUUGUUUUACGAUUUUCCAAUACUAUAGUAGAUAACAAAGGCAAAAAUUUGGUUAAAUUUUUAAUGAAGAUAUCAGUAUAUCUAAUUUGUUAAUAUUAAUACCCCGGUAUUCUUCUUUAGAUAAAAUAUUUAUUUGUUUUACGAUUUUCCAAUACUAUAGUAGAUAACAAAGGCAAAAAGUUUGGUUAAAUUUUUAAUGAAGAUAUCAGUAUAUCUAAUUUGUUAAUAUUAAUACCCCGGUAUAAAUAUUUAUUUAAAAUGGAAUAUAGUGCUUUUUUUUAAAUUAAAGAUUAAGUUUUCACAAUUUUUAGAGUAAAAAAAAUUAAUUUAGGUGGCACGAAAGGUGGUAGGUAGUUUAGGCCUAACAUUUAACAAUUUAAAAACACGACAAUCAAAAGAGUAUUUCUCAAGCGUACAAAUCAGCCGUCAAUGACAAUGAACUAGUUUAGUGACAAUGAUUUGAUUAGUGAUCAUUUAGAUUUGGUAAUGUAUAGUCAUGUUAAAGGGGGAAAAAAUGUAGUUUAGGGACGCGAAAAGGGUAGGUGUAUAAUAUAUAGUAAAGCAGAAAAAUACUUCUUUUAAUUAUUUUAGAAAGGUUAACAUCCUUAUAUAGAUACCUACCUUCUUUUUAAAAUAAGGAAUUGUGAGUCACAAUGUGACGAGUUUUCACAAUAGCACUGAAUACCAGGUGGAAAUUAUCGCAAUGUGCCUGCCAUUAUGAUCUCAAUAACAUCGGGUGAUACUUUCUUAGACUUAGAGUAUAUUUAUAUUCUAUUUUUACCCCAAGUCCCUUGUCGAACUACAUUUUUUUUUUUGCAAACCUUAACUUUCAUUCUUGGAAAUAGCUUAACCUUGACAUAGAAAUUAUAAGAAACAUUACUUACACUAAGUUGUACUGGUACCUGUAUUCUAGAUUUAGACAACGUACAAGAAGUACCGGUAUAAAAGAUUAAAAAAUAUGUUCAUUUAUUAAGUAUUUUGACUUUGACAGUAUUUACAAAUUAGGAUUAAUAAUCCUUGGCUUAAUAAAAUUGUGGUUUUGUUUGGAAUUAUGACAAUUGACAGCAAUGGUUUCAGACAGUCACACUACAACAAUAUGGUACAUCAUCCAUCUAGAGCAGGGGUCGGGAACCUAUGGCUCGCGAGCCAGUUGUGGCUCUAUUGAUGGCUGCAUCUGGCUCACAGAAAAAUGUUCGAUUAUAAAAAAAAAAAGUUGCAUUAAUGGUAAGAAAUACUCAUUGAUUAGCAACAGCAUAACAAUGUUACCGGUAAUAAAAAGAAUUCAGAGACAUAAUUAUCGCAUUUUUAGUGUUGAAAUUACACAAAAUGCACACAUUUACUUGAAUUUUUAGUUUUUAACAUAAUGUAUGGCUCUCACAGAAUUACUUUUCAAAAUAUGUGUUGUCCAUGGCUCUCUCAAAGGUUCCCGACCCCUGAUUUAGAGCUAGAUGAUUUUUCUUAUUAAUUAUACAGUUGAUAAUGCAUUUUUCCUCCUAGAAUAAUUGAAAAUUGUAUAUCAACAUAAGAAUUUGAUUUUAAGAACUUUGGGUCUACUCAAUAAAUAAUUUAUUUUUUUUAUUUAUUAUAAUUUAAAACUUUUGUGGACUUUUUAUAUUGUAGUUAGUAGUUGUGUUAAAAUGUCUUUUUACCAGUAGCAUUGAUCAGAGUUAGAAAAAAGGCGGGGUGGGGGUACUCGCCAAAAUAGGAAAUUUGUAUCUCCAGUAUUUCCUCAGUUGUCUUGGUUUAUAAUUUUAAAUGAGCUUUUUUGCAAAGUAUUAGAUUUACAGAUUUAUUAGAUUUAAAGUAUGGGUAAGUACAAUAGACAAAGUAGUGUAUGUAGCACAUUACACUUCAAACUAAAAUUACUUUUAAGCCCAGAUUUUGGUGCCAUAAAGCAGGGGGAGGGCAAACUACGGCCCAGGCAACCGAUAUGCAGCCCUCGAAAGCGCUUAGAUUACUUAGAAAU